GCGUUGAUGCAGCUGGAAGCAGCUUUGCCGAGUUCCUAUAUACGGGAGUUACCUCUACUAAAACGAAACUUUUGGAUAUCUCCGGGAGAAAAUCUGAGUUCAAAGGGGCGUCAGAGUCGUGCUAUUUGAGGAAAAGAUUUACGAGAAAAUGACGUCGGUCAUUGUCAUCGUUUUGCUAAUUGUUGGUGCUUUUUCUCAUUCAUGUCUUGGAGAAGCAAUAAAUCCGGCAGGAACAGUACGCAUUACCGACGUCAACAGCCCGUUCAUGGGGAGAGUGGAGGUCUUGGGAGAUAGAGGAUGGGGGACGGUGUGUGAUGAUGACUGGGAUGAUGUCGACGCCACCGUGGUCUGUCGGGAGCUCGGUUUUGGGGAAGGUGAAGCGAUCUCUGGGGCCAGUCGGACGAUACCAGAUGGAAACAUUUUAAGUCCUAUAUAUUUUGAUAAUGUGGGCUGCAAUGGAACGGAGAGUACUCUUCUGGAUUGUAUUCAUAAUGGAAUAGGAGAACACAACUGCGGUCAUAUGGAGGAUGCAGGUGUUAUAUGUUCCGCCCCGAGUAAGUAUAUUUUAGGGUUGUAAACGAAUUUUUGUUUUAUGUUUCAUUGCUGUUGAUUUGUUUAAAGUUUAAAAUUCAGGUAUGUGAGAGAAAACAAUCUUGGGCAUCUUAAGACUGACAGGAUAAUCGGAUAGUAAUUGGUAGAAUGGUGGAGAUUCGGGGUAAGCCCGGGGAUGGAGAACCUCAAACUUUUCACCAAAAUGAUGUAUUAGACAGUGUUAGACAUACGCUUUAGUAUAUUUAUAAAUAAAUAUUUGUAUUAUAUUUACACACGGAAUGAUUUUCAUGGAAUUCCCCGGUUGAAGAAGGUCGAAAAGUUGAUUGGUUGCUCUUGCUUAUACAGUUUUUACCUCAGGUAAGAAUACAGUCCCUAAAAACGGUCAUUACAAGGGAUUAUAUCAAUGAGAAUAACGUUGUGUGAUCCCGGGUGUGUGAUCCGAUGGUUCGUAUAGGCUAACCAUGCUAAUUAACGUCAUAAUAAUUAUCGUUCAGCAUACGUCGAUUGAUAAUUUCAUUACUUUGUGGAAACGUGAGACUGCAAUUGGAUUUUUCUUUCUUUCAAUGUAAUAAAAUUUAGGACAUUAUUUUCAUGAAUGUAAAAGGUGGAUUAUGUUUGCUAAGAAAACUGAAAAAAGAAGGAGAUAAAAGUACGAUAGAGAUUGCAGAGAGAGACAAAGAGACCCCUACAACUUAUCAGAACUAAAUAAGAAAGAGAAGCGAUUAUGACGCAGUAUAACUCGGAAUUUAUUUUUCAAAUCAAACUUGCCAAAAUUGUUUCAUCCACGCAUUUAAUAGCAUUGCAAGACUUUGUCUACAUACUAAUAUUGAUAUUAAUAACCAGAAAACUACUUUAUAGCGGGACAUUGGCUCAUGCUUGUUGAUCUUUUUUUAUUUUGAGAAAAGGAAAAUGGUUAAGGCACAUAUACAGGAAAGAUACAUUGCUGCCAUAUUUACAGAUCUUAGGGAGAUAUGAAGUUCCUGAUAAUGUUUUCUAAGAAUAGAACAGGGGCCGCGGGACGGCGGGAGUGAGGAGGGGAUGAUAAUGCAAAUUAUAGACACAAUAUAUUAUUUUCACGAUUUUUUACACUGUUAUUUCAAAAAUCGGAAGCCCCCUACGCCCCCGGUUCCGCGGCCCCUGAUUAAAGCUUUUCCCUUUUUUAAGUUGUGCAGGCUUUUAAUCUUGUUAGUUAUGCCUGAAGUGCCAGCAGUAUUGUACAGGAUGUUGAAUCAACAAUGAUCAGUGAGACUGAAAUAUUAUCGCCUAGUUUGUCGUUAUUGUAAUAGACCCUGUGUUUGUAAUUUUAGAGCCUUCACUCACAUCAAUCAUCAUAGUUACCACGUACAACCAUCACCAGCAUCGGCACGUAGUACAACUACCACCACAAUUCAUCAACACCAUACAACCGCCGCCGCCAUCACCAU